CUCUUUGAGGUGUUUUUACAACUAGACCUUCAACUUUGGAAAUGCGUCUCCCCUCCUCCCCCAAGUUCUGGGGGGGCAAGAGGCCCGCUCAGCCCCUGCAGACUGCCCUGCCCUGCCCGUGCUGGUGAGUCCCCACCUUCCGCUCCUCCCCUUCCCCAACAGCCUGUGGGAAGAGAAAAGCCGUUCGCCAGACCAGGCUAGUUGGCCAGAGAGGUUUCUCUACAGCCCAGAAUGUGGAGCCUGGCUGGGCCUGCGGCCAUCCUCCUUCUCACCUGCCUUCAGCCAGGAAAUGCCUUCUGGCUCUUCAAUGUGCUCUUCCCGCCCAGCACGACCCCAGAAGCUGCUGCUUCCAACAGAAUGCCUCCUGUGGUGCUCGUGCCCGGUGGCCUUGGGAAUCAGCUAGAGGCUAAGCUGGACAAGCCAGAUGUGGUGAACUGGAUGUGCUAUCGCAAAACCGACGAUUAUUUUACCAUCUGGCUGAACCUCAACAUGUUCCUGCCUUUUGGACUGGACUGUUGGAUUGACAACAUAAGAGUGAUUUACAAUAAAACCACCCGGAGGAUAACCAGUGCCCCUGGAGUCCACAUCAGAGUUCCUGGGUUUGGCAAAACCUUCUCCGUGGAAUACUUGGAUGGUGGCAAAUUGGCUGGGUAUAUGCACACCCUGGUGCAGCACCUGGUCAAUAACGGCUAUGUUCGUGACCAGACAGUGAGAGCUGCCCCAUAUGACUGGAGGCUUGGGCCCACAGAGCAAGAGGAGUACUACUGCAAGCUGCGUGCUCUCAUCGAGGAGAUGUUCGAAACUUACCAGAAGCCAGUUUUCCUCAUUGGCCACAGCCUGGGCAGCCUUCAAGUCCUGUACUUUCUGGUCCAGCAGCCACAGCACUGGAAGGACCGUUUUAUUCAGGGUUUCAUUUCCCUGGGAGCUCCCUGGGGGGGAGCCGUGAAAGCCAUGCGGGCCCUUGCCUCUGGUGACCAUCAGGGCAUUCCUCUUAUGUCUAACAUUAAGUUGCGUGAAGAAAAGCGUACGUCCACCAGCAGUCCCUGGGCGUUUCCAACACACAUGGCCUGGCCUGAGACACAUGUCUUCAUCUCUACCCCUUUCCACAACUACACCUACUGGGAUUACCAACAGUUCUUCACUGAUAUCAACUUUGAAGAUGGCUGGUACAUGUGGAACGAUAGCAAGGAUCUGCUGAAAGGGCUGCCACCCCCAGGUGUGGCAGUCUAUUGCCUGUUUGGCACCGGAUAUCCCACUCCAGAGACCUACAUUUAUGAUGACCGCUUCCCCUACGAGGACCCGGUGGACGUUGUGUAUGGGGACGGGGAUGACACGGUUAGCAGGCAUAACAUACAGCUGUGCAAGCAAUGGCGCAACCAACAGAAGGAGAACGUCCACACCCUGGAGUUGCCUGGAGCUGAGCAUCUCAACAUGGUCUUUGACAACCGCACCCUACAGUACAUCAGCAAAAUCCUGUUCGGGAACCUAGAGAACAUGACUGCCGCAGAAGACCUGGGGGGAAAAGCCCUCUGAAACCCCAAGUGAAGGGAAGCCCUCCCCCGAUGAGAAACUGGCUUUUAUUUUCUCUGCUGGUGUGGGGAGGAAACACGAAAGCUCACAUAGGGCCACAGCACUGUAGCCUUCCCUGUUCUGGAAAGACUCAAGGGAGCUGUCCACAUCAAUGCUGGUGCCACAGUGUUAUGUGGCUGAUAGAAUAGUUCCCAUUUCCCCACCGUAUUUUUCACGAGACCAUGCCAACCAGCCCAGAGUUACAUUUACUGCUUGUAGGCUUCUGGAAAGCAGCAGUGACUUUUCAGAAAUUGUAAUGGUAUGUGGGAAUGACCUUGGGAGACAGGGUGAAGAGUCGCAGCCAAGGGAACAGUCAGAUAAAAGGCAGCUUAG